CAAAAAUACACGAGUGUAUUCCCAACACUCCCUCCCUCCCACUCUUCUACCACUAACACGCACUACCGCUCUCUCCCACGAACGAAUAGCGUAGCAUGCAACCAGUGUGGAUUCCAGAAUACGAGUACGAUGCGGACAGCGACGGCGACGACGAUGCGUCCAGUGUCGACGACAACGACGAUACGUUCCGGUGGGCUCCGCCGUCGCAUCAAGCAGAGCAGCAGCCACCGAUGUUCCUUGACUUGUCGAGAAAACGUCCGCUUCACUGCGUCGAAAGCGACAAUGGGGAGUCAGCGUAUCGUAGCGCUCUAGCCGGCGCCCAACGACGGAUGCGACAACGCCGGCAGCGACAACAGUCCGACGUCGCCGUAGAAUCAUCGAUCCAUCCCGCCAUUGAUGCGUCCGCAACACUCUGGUGUCCAUCACGUCGCUUUGACGGCAGCAACAGCUCGAACAGCAGUAGGAGCGACAACGCAUCGACCGGGUCCAAGCCGGUCCCACCGAGACCGACACUGAUGGAUUUGUCCCGAGCGCUCGUCGACUAUCUCCGGCAGUCGCGUGGUUGCUACCAAAACGCCGACACGUCGUCACCCACGCUCGUGUCGACCGAAUCAACGAAACCCGAUCAUACUCAACCGUCAGACCACAGUGACGACAACGACGAACGUCGCAUCCACCGGAGCUCUACUCCCGUUCUGCUCAAACACGCUUUGGAUUUCACCUCGACACCGCGCGUACUACUGGAAAGUGCCCCUCCGUACCGAACCGUACACGCCAACGCCGCCUUUGGUCAGCUACGUGUCCUUCCCCGUGACGCGUCCGACGUCCCGACGACCACCGAAACACACCGCUCGUUGGCUACGGCCAUUCGCGCCCUGGUUGGGAACACGACCGACGUGACGGUGCACCCCGUUUCUCCCGAUCCCCAAGGAGUCAACGUCUCGCACUACUUGAUUCAACUAGAGCAGCAGCAGCUUAACAGUACUGUGGCCGCGAAUGGCGCCGACAAGCGCCAGCCACUGUUGGUAUCCACCAGUGCCCAGACGGUGGGAUGAUACCACAAACUAACGUUUGGUCCGUGGUAUCCGUGUAAACGGUUGGGACAUUGCUGCUGGUCUAGUUACCUACAAAAUGCUCGAUCGCUCGCUUGUCAUAGAGGAGAUGUGGGCUUCGCUUUAAAGGUAGGCGAUAAUACUUUAGUUUGACUUUCUGGCA